AUGUUGGAUGCGUACGCCAAGCAACUACAUCAGUGUCUGCAGUGGAAUCCAAUCUAUGGUGUAGAAGGAAAGGAGAAACAGAAGUUUGUGGAAGCACUCACAGAUAUUGCAGCACUUCCUCUUGAUAGUGUGAGUAUGGAAAUUCGCCGCCUACUGAUCGUUUUUAGUGUCGAAACUACAGAGAAUAACCACCCUUCGUAUUUUCACAAUCUAAUCACAGCACUGAGCGCACGUGACAUACAGAUUAAGUGCAAAGCUGCAAUGGCCGUAGGAUCCUUGUGUAUUUCCAGGGUAGCAGGCCAACAACUGUUGGAUCAAUAUGGAGAGCAGAUGCUCAAGAGCUUAACAAAAAUGGCUACAAGAAAGAACCAGUGGGUGCAAGGAGACGCCUUCUACGUUCUUGGAUGGAUGGUAGUCAUUGCUGAUGAAGCAAUGUUAACGUCUAUUUUGCAAUUGCUACCUACUGUUGUCAAAUAUCUACAUCGCAAUGUGCAGUUGUCAUUGGGCACUGAGAAUGAUGGAGAAGAAUCAAGACUGUCAACAUCAGCGCUAGCAUCGUCUGAAGAGGCUUCAAACUUCAGAGUCUAUGCACUUGUACUAUUGCUUAAUUUCAGUCAGCGGCGUGUUGACGCGUUCGUGGAUCAUUUAGAGAAUGUGCUGCUUAUGUUUAAAGACUUGGUCGUCAAGCUUCUCGAACCAAUUUCAACUACAGCUGUCGAUGAUAUUAAUUCCUCACGAUGUCCAAGUUUCUUCGAUGCAUUUGAGUAUGCCGAAGUGCUAAAAUUGGUUAUCACUUUACUAAGUGUACUAAGUGAUCAACUUGAAAGUGCUGCUCCUCAGCUAUUAGAGCUUAAAAUGCUACCUUCUUUGCUAAAACUAAAGCAAGUGCUUGCUCAGCCAACCACAUGUGAUCUUGUUGACGAUGUGAUUCGACAAGAUCUAGUUGAUAGACUAGAAGUUAUUGUCGAAAUCUUAGUAAACUGUAGAUUACUAUAA